GCCCGUGUCUCGCGGCUGUUUGGCCGUUUCCAUGGCUACGAAGCCAGUCCGCGAGGGGUCUGCGAGCGAGAAAAUGAAGCUCAAGAGCCUCCUGCUCCGGUAUUACCCGCCAGGAAUUAUGUUGGAAUAUGAAAAGAGUGGAGAAUUAAAGACCAAAUCCAUAGAUUUGCUUGAUCUCGGUCCCAGUACUGAUGUCGAUGCUUUAGUAGAAGAGAUUCAGAAAGCAGAACCUCUAAUCACAGCUUCACGAACAGACCAAGUAAAACUUUUAAUACAGAGAUUACAAGAGAAACUUGGACAGCACAGCAACCACAGAUUCUAUCUUUUUAAGGUUCUCAGAGCACAUAUACUGCCGUUGACUAAUGUUGCACUUAAUAAAUCGGGCUCUUGCUUUAUCACAGGAAGCUACGAUCGGACAUGCAAACUCUGGGACACUGCAUCUGGAGAGGAGCUGCACACUCUGGAGGGGCACAGGAAUGUGGUUUAUGCCAUAGCGUUCAACAAUCCUUAUGGUGACAAAAUUGCUACUGGGUCCUUCGAUAAGACUUGUAAACUGUGGAGUGUAGAAACAGGAAAAUGUUACCAUACCUUUAGGGGUCAUACGGCAGAAAUAGUGUGUUUAUCAUUCAAUCCUCAAAGCACAUUGGUGGCUACCGGAAGUAUGGACACAACAGCCAAACUGUGGGACAUUCAGAAUGGAGAGGAAGUGUUCACUUUAACAGGACAUUCAGCUGAAAUCAUCUCCUUGUCCUUUAACACCUCAGGAAACAGAAUCAUCACGGGGUCUUUUGAUCACACAGUCGCAGUGUGGGAUGCUGAUACUGGAAGGAAGGUCUAUACCUUAAUUGGGCAUUGUGCUGAGAUUAGCAGUGCCUUAUUCAACUGGGACUGCUCUCUAAUAUUAACUGGCUCUAUGGACAAAACCUGCAUGCUUUGGGAUGCUACAAAUGGAAAAUGUGUGGCAACAUUAACAGGCCAUGAUGAUGAAAUACUAGACAGCUGUUUUGAUUAUACUGGCAAGCUUAUUGCAACUGCUUCAGCUGAUGGAACAGCGAGAGUUUUCAGUGCAGCCACAAGAAAAUGCAUUACCAAAUUGGAAGGCCAUGAAGGCGAAAUUUCAAAGAUUUCUUUCAACCCCCAGGGGAACCGUCUUCUAACUGGCAGCUCUGACAAAACAGCGAGAAUCUGGGAUGCUCAGACAGGUCAAUGCCUCCAGGUUCUCGAGGGGCACACUGAUGAAAUCUUUACAUGUACUUUCAACUAUAAAGGCGACAUAGUCAUUACAGGCAGCAAGGAUAAUACCUGUAGGAUAUGGCGUUGACUGAAGAAAGCUAGUCAGUGAGCAAACUUGCCAGCAGCAGUGAUUAAGAUCUGGAGCUUCACAAAUACCAAGCAAGCUAUUUUGAUAUUUCACGUGUUUUCUCUUUUCCCUCAAAUCAACCAUAUGUACACUGUUCUUAACUUCACAGAUAUGACCAUUAAACUUGAUGAAGUUAUAUCAUUUCUUGAUAUUAUUUGAUGGAGAUGAUGGGAAACAGCAUAAUGUUUGGCAAAUACCACUGGUUAUUUCAGUUUUGUUUUAUUUUUUAAGAGCAUCAUGAUGCUGAUAAAUGAAACCAGAGGAAUUUAACAAUGUGUCUCCUGGAUUCUACUUUGAAGGUUAUUAUUAUAAUUUGUGUUGAAUAAAGUUUUGGAGAAAAUU